AGCGAUACCGGAGCAAAACAGCACGUGCCCUAGUUCGCAGGUCGCAAACAGUGAAAGGCAAAACGCGGUUUCCAUGCAGCUAGGCAACAAUAACGCGUUAAAUGUACCAACGAUGCCAGAGCGCAACUGAUACGUGCAUACAGAAAAGACUGUCACUGCAGACGGCACAAUACGUGGCUACAAGGCAAGUUCUCGUAGUGCAAGAGCAAGCGCCAAGAUGGCUGCUGCGUCGACAUUCGCCGCGUUGGACUACGUGGUUCUCGCCGGGCUCCUCGCUUUUUCGGCGGGCAUCGGCGCCUUCUUCGCCUGGCGGGACCGCCGAGACCAAUUCAACCAGCAGUUCCUGACGGCCAACAAGCAACUCGGAUGGCUGCCGGUGUCUGUGUCGAUGGUGGCCAGCUUCGUUUCCGCCACUUCCAUCCUCGGUCUGCCCUCCCAAGUCUUCGUGCGAGGAACGACAAUGUGGAUGAACGUCGUGUCUUCGUCCCUGGCGAUACUGGUUGCUGCCUUUGUGUUCCUUCCCAUGUACUACAACAUGGACAUCACCAGCAUCAACGAGUACUUAGAGAAGAGGUUCAUGUCAACCGCUGUCCGGAACAUUGCGUCCGCAGUGUUUAUUGUGCAAACGCUACUGUACAUGGGCGUCGUGCUGUAUGGCCCAUCACUGGCUCUCGGAUCUGUGACCAGCUUACCGGUGUGGUCUUCUAUCCUUCUGAAUGGCUUUGUAUGCACAUUCUACACCGCCAUUGGUGGUAUCAAAGCAGUGGUGUGGACAGACGUGGUUCAAAUGAUCCUCAUUUACGCGGGCUACGCAAUGGUCAUCGCAUCUGGCAUAUCCCACGUGGGAGGUUUCGGCGCCAUGUGGCAGAUAGCGAGCGAAGGAGGCAGAAUCAUAAUUACCAACUUCAGCACGAGCCCAUACGAGACGUUCACGUCGUGGAACUUGCUCUUUGGCACCACCGUGAGCUGGACGAGCAUAUACUGCGCCAGCCAGACGCAGUUUCAACGUUACUUGAGCAUCGGCUCGCUGCAAGGUGCUCGCAGGGCACUUCUGCUGAAUAUCCCCAGCGUGGCUGUGACUCUGCUAUUGUCUGUGCUUUCGGGGCUGACUCUCUACGCUGUGUACUGGGACUGUGAUCCUAUGCUCACCGGGGACAUCGACAAGCCGGACCAGCUGAUGCCGUACAUAGUGCAAGACUUGCUACGCUGGUAUCCGGGGCUUAGCGGGCUGCUUGUGGCCGCCGUCUUCAGCGGUUCGCUCAGCUCACUGUCCUCCGGCUACAAUGCCCUGGCCGCUGUGACGUGGCACGACUUCGUUCGUCCCAAGGUAAACGUCACUGAAGCCGCUGCUCUGAGAGUUACCAAAUGCAUGGGUGAGUAAAAAGGCUUAGACAUCGAGUAUAACAGAGUAUACAGUUACUGCCAUUGUAAUAAAUUGUUUUCUUUACAUUGCAGCCGCGGCGUAUGGCUUGCUUUCAAUUGCGAUUGCUUUUCUCGCUGGAG